AUGGCAGGAAGCUCACCUUUGGACAGUCCUGAGGAGUUGGAUGACUUCUCAGACUCUGGCAGCGACUAUGAGGCCACGCUGAAAGCCACAAAGCGACGAAAACGGCUAGUACCUGGACCUUUGCUACCCAAGAGACCCAGGCGUAAUGCUGCACUGAGGGUGACGUCCAGCCCCAGUAACAACCCCAUCCCCACUUCUCCUCCUGACCCCUCCCUGCAGCAGCAGCCGUCCUCCCUGGGGACAUCCAGGCAGACCGUGGUGGACGAGUGGCUGGACAGCUACAAGCAGAGCCGAAAGUCGGGACUGCUGGUGCUCAUCAACUUCAUCGUUCAGUCCUGUGGAUGCAAAGGCGUGGUUAGCCAAGAGAUGUUGGACAGCAUGCAGAAUGCUGAAAUUAUCAGCACACUGACCAAAGAGUUCGAUGAGGAUUCUGUGAACUACCCUCUAUGCACUCCAGGUGCACAGCUGAAGCGUUUCAAAGCCGGCCUGUGUGAAUUUGUUCGGGUUCUGGUGCGCUCCUGUCAGAAUAGUCUUAUUUAUGAUGAAUAUCUCUUCCCUUCCCUGGUGUCGCUGCUCACUGGCCUGUCAGACUCCCAGGUCCGAGCCUUCAGACACACCAGCACCCUGCUUGCCAUGAAGCUGAUGACGGGGUUGGUGAAAAUCGCUGUGCUAGUGUCUGUUCAGCUGCAGACCACCCAGCGCCGAUUCGACGCGGAGAAAAGCAAGAGGGAGCUUGACAGAGCCUCUGACAGACUGGAGGAGCUGCAGGCCACCUUCAGAGAGUUACAAGAGAACAGAGAGGAGCUGUCCUCCACGAUGAACAGCAUCUUCCGUGGUGUGUUUGUGCAUCGAUACCGCGACCGUCUGCCUGACAUCCGGGCAGCAUGUAUUGAGGAGUUGGGCGUUUGGCUGAAAACGGACCCUGAGGACUUCCUCAAUGAUGGGUGUCUUAAGUAUCUGGGAUGGACCCUGCAUGACAGACAAAGUCCGGUUCGUCUGCAGUGUGUUCGCACCCUGCAGGAUCUGUACCAGGAGAAGGAAUUCAUUGGCCGCCUGGAGCUUUUCACCAGCAGAUUUAAAGAAAGGAUUCUCAGCAUGGUGCUGGACAAGGACCCAGACGUGGCAGUGGAAGUGGUCAGUCUGUGUCUGCUGAUGCAACAGAGGACGGAGGAAGGCCUGACUGAGGAGGAGUGCGGCCACAUCUAUCCUUUGGUUUAUGCUUCACAUCGAGCUCUGUCGUCUGCAGCCGGCACUUUCCUCUACAACAAACUGAAAAGUUUGAUUGACAGUGACAGCCAGGAGGAUAAUAGAAGCAACAGUGCAGCCUUUUUGCAAAUCGCCAUCUCCUUCUAUAUCCAGAGUGAGUUCCAUGAGCAUGGAGCCUACCUGGUGGACAGUCUGUGGGGUGUGGCAGGAUCAGAGCUGAGAGACUGGGAGACUAUGACAGCUUUCCUGCUACAGGACGCUGGUCUGAUGUAUGAGGAGGAGGGGGUGCUCAUAGAGCUGAUGAUGUGCGCCAUCAAACAGGCUGCACAGGCAACCCCACCUGUUGGGAGAACUCAGGGCAAAAAGAUGAUCCUGAGUAUGAAGGAGAAGAAGAUCCAGGAACAAGACAGGAGACGCAUCACCACACACUUCAUCCCCUUACUGCCGCAGCUGCUGGCCAAAUACUCAGCAGACGCAGGGAAGGUGAGCCUUCUUCUCAAAGCUCCCCUCUACUUCGAGCUGGAGAUGUACAGCAGCGCUCAGUGGCUGGAAAAGCAUCUGGACCUGCUGCUGUCCCAGAUAUGUGGCAUUGUGGAGAAGCACACAGAGCUCACUGUGUUGGAGGCUUGUGCCCACCUGGCAAGCACUCUCUGCUCCGAGUCUUACACCUUCUCCUCACGUGCACACGUGGCAUUCAGCCAGCUGCUCGAUGGCCUGACGGAGUGUUUCGGCAGCUACUUAAGUGACCUGCUGCAGGGUACCGCUGAUGAAGAUGACACAUACAGCGCAGCCACUGCCUUGAAAAGGAUUGCUGCCUUGAGCAGUGCAAAGGACCCGACUGGCUGGAAGCUGUUUGACUCCUGUCUCGAGUUGGUGAAGAGCGGGAUUGAGUCCAUAGCUCCUGACAAAGAGCUCUUGGUCUCGGCUCUGAAGUGUGCAGGCCUUCACUUGAUGUGGGCCAAAGUAAAUGUGGUCAACUCUAAGCCAGCUGAGGUGGAACUGAAGCGUCUGAACGAGGAAGUGCGUUCGUUCUGCCGAGUCUGUCGGACAUGUUUGUCUGCGCACCAAGCUGAGAUCAGAGAUCAGGCAUUUGAGUUGUUGUGUGACUUGCUGCUGCUGUACAGUGCGAGUUCAGUCCGCUCUGAACCUGCCCUCCAAGCACUGGUCCACCUGCCAUCUGGUUCUCUGCGCUCCGAGUUGGCCGCUUUCCUUCUGGACUACAUCUUCAUCGACGCUGAAGAUGUCGAGCUCAGUGCCAAAGAAAAAGAGGAGACAGAGAUAAGUCUUCUCCAGAGGAAGCGCAACCAGUUGGCUGGCUACUGUAAACUGAUCAUCUUUGGGGUGCUGGACCUCACUGCUGCCACCGAUGUCUUCAAGCACUACAACAAGUACUUUAAAGACUUUGGGGACAUCAUUAAAGAGACUGUGAGCAAGACCAAGCUCAUCAACCCCAUACAGAGCGCCAGGACCGUCUGUCUGAGUCUGCAGCAGCUGUUUUCAGAGAUGCUUACAGACAACCGCAGUAGGGAGGAUCUCUCUGAGAUUAGAGACUUGGCCAAGAGGCUUGCCAUGAGCUUUGGCAUCGAUCUGCAGCGUGUCCGCCAACCACUGUUGGCCCUACACAAGGAUGGUAUAUGUUUUGCAUUUCGGGGCUCACCAGAGGGAGAGGAGCAGCAUGUAAAUGUGGCCUUCUUGGAGAUCCUCAGCGAGUUCAGUUUCAAGUUGCUGCAACAGGACCGCGCCCAACUGACUGAUUUUCUGAAGUCACAGUGUCCCAGUGCUGCCCUCUCCUGGCCCUCAGUCAGAGUGUAUCAGCGUUCUUUGGUGGCUCGCUCCACCUCCAAACCCAGAGAGCAGCAGGAUGGAGGUGAUACUGUGUCCUCACGGCGUUCUCCUGUAGCCAAACGCAAGAGGACCGCUGCUCCAGGUUCAGCGUCCAGCGCUGCCAGAGGGUCCUGGUUGACCAGCAUCAGUAUCCACAGCAGCCUGCCCACCCCGGCCCUCACCUCCACUGUCCAGAAACAGCAAACCAAGCAGCUGGUCUCCAGGAAACCCAGAGCCAUGGAGUCUGAUGUUGGUACUGGCUUAAGUGAGCUGGAGUCAGAGAAUGAGUUCUCCCCAGUUUCACAGAUGCGAAAGGUGAAACCCACCAAGCGACGCAUGUCAACAUUCACUAAACCAACUUUGGACCAGCAAGACCUGAACUCCCACCUCAACUUGCUUUCUCUGAUAGAGGACAGAGAGAGAGAAGAGGCUGAGAUUGAAGAUUAUGAAAGUGACUCUGACUCUCCAUAUACACUGCCGUCCACACGUCACACCCCAGCCAGCAUCCUCGAUGACCUCUUUGACUGAGGUCAGCUCGGCAUCAUUUCUUCAACGCUUCCACAUUUCCAAAGGUUUCAGUAUUCAAGUGUGCUAAAUAUUCGAGUCGGUUGUUCCUCUGAAUGACCUCGUACUGAGUUCACUAAUCAGGUCUGUUUCAGUUUGUUAUUUUGUUGGAUGAUUAUAAAGUCUGGAGACAAAAGCUGUUCUAACGCAACAUCAGGGAAGUUCAUGUUGCCAAAUGUUCAAAAAUAAAUGUGAAAGUUUAGGUAGAUCUCUGUAGGCUAAUGGCAAGCUGGAAGUCUCCCGUGUUCAACAUUUUGAAUUUCACACUUUGCACUAUUGUUAACAGCACCUUUUGAUUUUGAUUAAUACUUGUUAAUCGAAUGUUUAUUAAAAGAUGCUUAAUUGGGCACAAAAACAAAGUGUUUUUAAUUUGAUUACAAGGUGUAUAUAAAUGAUUGUGGUAGAUCAAUGCCCCAUUUAUUUUCAGAUAAAACACAAAUUCAAAUUAAAUGCUCUUCAGAGACAUUAAGAUUUCAGCAGUUCUCAUAUGGAUAUUCAAUAGCUUUUAUCGAUUCCUUGCUUUUUCCCUGACAGAUACCCCGAUUGUGCUUCAGUUUAUGGUGGAAAUGUCUGUUUAAAUAAAGGAAAAUACAAAACUCAG